AUGUCCUUGAUAUUCGUGGUCAUCCUUUGGUAUGUGGGACUCAGCUCUGCACUCGCCAUUCGCCAAUCCUGUCAUGUUCAGGAUGUAGCCCACACCUUCUACGGAUUUCCCGACAAUGAUCCCCCCGGCUGUGCGAUCGCAUAUGAUUGCGGCCGAGGCCUGACGGCUGGGGGAGUUGGAACCUUCAACGACCCCUUAACCUUCGCCUCAGCCCCGGGCGAGUUUCAGAUCUGCGAAAUCAUCUAUGACCCCUAUCUGCGCAAGUAUCUUCGCAUGGAGGAUUACUGUGACUCCUGUAAUCGGAACUGGGCCAACAAGGUCUGGCAUAUCGAUAUAUGGACAGGGUCCAGUACUGUCAAUGGAGGAAAUGCUCAGCUCGAUUGUGAAAACAAGUUGACUCCGACACCGCAACACAAGCCUAUCAUUAGAGGACCGGGGCCUAAUCUACCCGUGGACAGUACACCCCUCUAUGUUAUGUCCGUUUGCAGCGCUGGAAGCGUAUUUCAUAGUUAUGAUGCUCAGAGCUUUUGUUAG